AUGUCGAUCCGUCUUACCGCCAACUCUCUAUUAAAUAUAUUGAUAUAUCCCGCGCCCCAACAAAAGCUGACAAACACGGCAACAGAGCCACUAGAGGAAGAUCAUAACAAUGUCCUAUGUGAAAUCAACGCAGCACGAUUAUUAAGACUUGAUGAAGAAUUCAAACAGACAGAACAAGGUCCGAUAAAGGACG